ACAGGCAGCAGCAUCACCGACUCAGAGAGUUACUCUGUGCUUCUUGUUGUGAUUUGAUCAUCCUUACACUCCACAGCUACACAGCUGCACUGGUUGAACACCAGUCAUGAACAACAGUGACGAUUUCAAUGAUUUCUUCGGUGAUCUGUUGAACGACAACUCCACACUCCCACCCUACGUCAUCGAUGAUUUAAUUCCGUUGUGUCCCAAGACUAAUGUCAACAAGUUUGGAGCCCAAUUCAUCCCAUUCUUCUACUACACAAGCUUCACCCUAAGUUACCUGGGCAACGGGCUUGUUCUCCUCAUCAUCUACAAAUAUGAGAAGCUCAACUCAGUGACAAACAUCUUCCUCCUGAAUUUGGUGAUGUCAAACCUUCUCUUUGCCUCCAGUCUUCCCUUCUUGGCAACAUACCAUUCGUCUGAGUGGAUCUUUGGCACUGUGAUGUGUAAGCUGGUCAGCAGUGCCUACUUCAUCGGCUUCUACAGUUCCAUCCUCUUCCUCACGCUCAUGACAUUUGACCGGUAUCUUGCGGUGGUGCAUGCGGUGGCGGCCGCCAAGAGCAGGAAGAAGAUCUAUGCCAUCAGUGCAGCGGUGGCAGUGUGGUGCAUCAGUGUUAUAGCAAGUGUCAAAGAGCUGGUUCUCCAAAACGUGUGGGAGCAUCAUGAGCAUGGGUGGAUGUGUGAAGAGGAAGGUUACGACAAGAGCAUCAUGGACCGCUGGCGCCUGGUCAGCUACUACCAACAGUUCCUGCUCUUCUUCCUCCUCCCUCUUUUUCUGGUUCUGUAUUGUUACAGCAGCAUCACCAUCCGGAUCCUGUCCACCCGGAUGAAGGAGAAGUGCCGCGCCAUCAAGCUCAUUUUUGUCAUCGUCUUCACCUUCUUUACUUGCUGGACACCCUACAACAUAGUCAUCCUCCUUCGGGCCAUUCAAAUGUCCAACGGCAAGAAAAAUGACUCAUGCUUAGAGUCAGAGGCGCUGGACUAUGCUCUGUAUGUGACGCAGAAUGUGGCCUACCUGUAUUGUUGCAUUAGUCCUGUGUUUUACACCUUUGUGGGUAAGAAGUUCCAGAGCCACUUCAGAAGAUUGCUGGUCAAGAAGAUCCCCUGUCUUAGAAGACACAUCAGCCUCAGUAGCCAGAGCAGCAGGACCACCUCUCAGAGAACAGAGAACACACUAUAUAUGAGUAGGCAGCUUGCAGCAUCCACUGGGUGAAAGAAUGUUUAGGCCAUUACAGGAAAACAAUUGAAAGUCAAAUCA